GUCCGGCAGAGCACGUGCAGACGAUGAGCGCUGAGCGUCCCCGGUUGAGGGGGGCUGAUGGUAUGUGACAGGCUCCAAGAUCGCACUGAGUCACCAUGAACUCUCCUGAACCAAGCUCUCCUGUCUCAUCCGAUUCAUCUGCCGGUACCCCACCGCCAGAUGACUUCCAGUCAUCAGUCAACAAUCGCGAUCAGCAGCGCAUUCUGACCGCGAUUAACACCCAGCCACUCAGCGUGGGCCCUAUGCAAAGUCCAACCGGGUCCUCCAAGCGUCGUUUGCCUGUGGGGUCAUUUCAUGAGGGACCCUCUCUCAGGGACGCCAAGUCCCGCCGGCGAGAGGAUGCCGCUAGCAGUUCAAGGAGACACGCCGUUGACAAUCAAGGACAACAUCCCUCAACGGCUCCAGGACCAUCCGGGCAAAUUAGAAGCGAUUACAUUCCUCGUCGGGACAAAGAUGACCUUGUAGAUACGGGCCUCGUAGAGCAACUCAGAAAAGAAUUCGGGGAUCCCUUCAUAGAAGCCUUCGGCGCAAAGCACUGAAAUAUAUAUGUUUAGAUUCGGCGCGUAUUCGAGAACGCCGUAUUUUCGCUGCAAUUCAUUUCCGUCUCAUUCACCACAUCCUUACGGAUCAUUCCCUUCAGAGGAUCAAAUACUCAAUGCCCGUGGACAGGGGUUUCUUCUGGUUGGACGAGCCUUUUCAGCGUCAGCAUUAAUACAGAGUGAUAUGAAGUCAUGUACGAGCGUCUGAUAAAGACUUGAUGUCGAUCAGACGAUGUGCUUUUCCACUGUAAGCAUCCAAAUUAGCUAUUCAUUGAGGUACGCUGUUCGGCGCGGUCAGGAUGCUUGAAUUGGGAGCAUUGUAGUCGGUAAGGUAACUCCAUCGAUCUUCGAUGACGUUGAGUAACCUGUCGGUAAGGUCCCGGUGUUUGCA